AAUGUAAUCAGAUUUUUGUAGUUUUCAUUACAUUUGCUUGUAAAUUCAAAAUUUAAAUGCAAAUGGACCAUGCUACCGAGUCAGCCCCUGCUACGAAUGACGACACAUGCAUACCUUUUGCUCUUGUCUCUAAUUUUAGUACCAGUAAAAGCAAAUCAAUCAUUUUCGUUUCGUCUCGACGAUAUUCUAUUGUCGGAGCCAAGGCCCACGCCCGGACGGAGCAUAUUCUUCCACGAAACGAGCUGCUACGAUGCCAAAACCGAGCAGCAUAAUCUACUAAAACUCAACGCACGUCAAGCCUGCGCCAUCGAAUCUGCAGCAUUGCAUAAUCCAAAUUUCCAGGUGUUUGUUUUAUUCGCCGAUCCCAAAUACCGGGCUAGUCCCAACGGUCAGAGCAGCGGCGAACAGCAGCCACUUGUCGGUGCCAUCUUAAGCUAUGGAAAUGUCCACUUGAGGCGUGUGAAUCUCUGGAGAUACGCUGCCGGCACACCCAUCGAGGAAUGGCUCAAGAACGGUCCACUCUUUCGUUCGCGAUUUUUAGUCUCUCAUGUCUCGGAUUUCCUGCGUUUUGUGACACUAUUUCGCUAUGGCGGCCUGUAUCUGGAUAUGGAUGUGGUCGUGCUGCAAAGCAUGGAGAAUGUUCUGCCCAACUACGCAGGAGCCGAGUCCAAUUAUAUGCUUGCCGCUGGAAUCAUAAACUUGUCAGCCACUGGCGUUGGUCACGAGAUUGCCGAGUUGUGUCUGCGCGACUUUCAGCAUAAUUUCAAUGGCCAAAAUUGGGGUAACAACGGCCCGGGUGUGAUUACCCGCGUGGCCCAGCGGAUUUGCCACACUGAUUACGUCGCACUAAUGCAGGAUGAUCGCAAGCGCUGCAUGGGCUUCAAGGUGUAUUGGCGCGGCGCCUUCUACGCUGUGCCCUCUAGGCAGUGGCGUGAUCUCUUCAAUCCCGACAGACUAGAGCAGACCAUGGCACUCACCAAGUACUCGUAUGUGGUGCAUGUGUGGAACAAGCAGUCGAAUAAGGUUCCCAUUAAGGUGGGUUCAAGCAGUGCAUAUGCCAAAUUGGCAGAACGUAAUUGUCCGCGCGCCUAUCAUGCGUCUGGUGAAUAUUUUUAGGGGAAGAGUUGCAGCGGCUUU